GUCGAGGCUGCUGGCGUUAAAGCGGAGGCGAUAAGCAUCGUACCUCGGCAACUUUGACACGCGGAGUAGCGCAACAGGUCCCGUAGCCGUCGCUUGCCACAGUCUCGCCUCCACGUUUUGUUGAAGUACCCCAGACUUCCCCUGUGGCUCGAGAACUUGACCUCCUCAACCCACAAGCAACAUGUCUGUGCCAUACGACCGCGCCUACGAUCUGCUGAGCAACAGCCAGAACGGCCAUGUGCCGGCUUCACAGCGCAUCCCCGUCAUCGCGCGGCCGUUUGUUAGCGAGAGAGCUGCAAAGACGCUCGAUAUUGUAGAGAAGUUUGUCGAGGAAGAAUGCAUUCCCGCCGACGCCGUCUACGUGCGCCAGCUCGGCCAGACGGUCCAGGAGCGCUUCUCGGCGCACCCGCCUGUUAUUGAAGACCUCAAGAAGAAGGCACAAGAGCUGGGGCUGUGGAACAUGUUUCUGCCCAAGGCGCACUUCAAGGAGGGCGCCGGCUUCAGCAACCUGGAAUACGGACUCAUGGCCGAGUACCUGGGCAAGAGCAUGACAGCCUCCGAGGCGGUCAACUGCGCUGCCCCUGACACGGGCAACAUGGAGGUGCUUGCCAAGUACGGGUCCGAGGCGCAGAAGAGAAGAUGGCUCGACCCGCUACUGCAGGGCAAGAUCCGUUCCGCCUUUUUGAUGACGGAGCCCCAGGUGGCCUCGAGUGAUGCCACCAACAUUGAGAUGAGCAUCAAGCGUGAGGGCGACCACUAUGUGCUCAACGGCCAGAAAUGGUGGUCCUCGGGCAUUGGCGACCCUCGCUGCAAGAUCUUCAUUGUGCUGGGAAAGACGGACCCCAACAACGCAGACAAGUACAAGCAGCAGUCGGUCAUUCUCGUGCCCAACGACACGCCCGGCGUGACCAUCCACCGCAUGCUUUCGGUCAUGGGCUUCGACGACGCGCCCCACGGCCACGGCCACGUCACGUUUGAGAACGUCCGCGUGCCGGCCAGCAACAUGGUGCUCGGCGAGGGCCGCGGCUUUGAGAUUAUCCAAGGGCGUCUUGGUCCUGGACGUAUCCACCACGCCAUGAGGAGCAUCGGGUCGGCCGAGAAGGCACUCGAGUGGUUCCUGGCGCGCAUCAACGACGAGCGCAAGAAGCCGUUUGGCGAGCUGCUCAACAAGCACGGCAUCAUGCUGGAGCGCGUGGCUCGCUCGCGUAUCGAGAUCGACGCGGCGCGUCUGGCCGUGUGCAACGCUGCCAUCCAGAUUGACCAGACCAAUGCCAAGGGCGCGCUCAAGGAGAUUGCCGAGGUCAAGGUGCUGGUGCCGCAGGUCAACCUCAAGGUGAUUGACUGGGCGAUGCAGGCGUACGGCGGUGCGGGUGUGAGCCAAGACACGCCGCUGGCUCAGAUGUGGGCAUCAGGCCGGACGAUGCGCAUUGUCGACGGACCUGACGAGGUGCAUCUCCUUCAGCUCGGCAGGAACGAGAACAAGAAGGGCCUGGCGCACAAGCAGAGGCUGGAGGCGCAGAAGAAGAAGGGCGACGACCUUUGCAGGAAGUACGGCAUUGAGCCCCAAGAUCCGCUGUACCUGAACCGGACGAGCGCGGCGGCCAGUAAGCUUUAGAUAGGCAUGUCGAAUAGGAAUCGUGAGC